AUGGGCCUCCUUGACCUCCCCCCCGAGCUCCUCCUCCGCAUUUCAGCUCACCUCACUACCGAAGAGCUCGGCUCCUUACGCCUCACCUGCAAGCCCGUCGAAACCACUCUCUUCGACAGCUUCGCCAAGGAAUUCUUCAUCAAACGCCAGUUCAUGAUUGAGCAAUACAGCCUCCAAGCUCUCAUUGACAUCGCCUCCCAUCCCGCCCUCUCCAAAUGGCUGUCGCACGUCAUCAUCGGUCUCGAAGCCUACCAGACCGACUUCAACCUCUCGCUACCAGUCACGGAGCAGUACAUGAAGGCCGGACAUCUCAAUCGCCAGGCUCUCCUUGAGAAGGGCCAAGCUCGCGACAUGCUGGUUGAAGCCUUCUCCAAGCUCCCCAACCUGCGCACCGUGGGGCUAAGAGACUACUCCGCCAAGGGCCGGCCUCGAGACGGUCCAAAUUCUUCCUGGAGGAGCUAUGGCUGGUCGUAUUGUGGCGUCAGCCAGACUAUCACCUAUCCAAACGGCGGCGCUUCGGCCAUGGGUUCGCCCAAUACCCUCUUCCCUUUGAUCAUUGACGCCCUCGCCCGCGCCCACGCCGUCCCCGGGAACAUCGAAGUCAUCCUUCGCAAACAGAGCAAGCUCGCGCCCGCCUCGUUCGAUGUCUUCAGCGGCUACAAGGCCCCGGACGUCGCUCCUGUCCUGGGCGGCUUAAAGAAGCUGCUGCUGACCAUAGCUACCAGCAAUUACUGGUCAGAUGGCAGGUCCAGUGACAAGGAUGGCGUCACCGCAACCUACCUCAAGCGCUUCCUGAAUCAUACGUCCAAUCUCGAGCUUCUCCGCCUCAACUUUCAGCCCGACCAGGCGCUGGCCACCCCUGUCCUGGAGUGGCUAGGCCAUCCGGCCCCUGACCCACCCAUCGCACUGCCUAACCUUACGUGCCUCGAUCUCGGCAUGCUCACAGUCCCGGGCCCGACGCUCGUCAAGGCCAUUGCCAAGUGGCCCAAGCUCGAAUCGUUCAACCUCUGGAAAGUCACUCUCCAAUGCGCCAACAUGGACGAACUCCGUGCCGAGGAGGACGGCUGGGCGCGCCUGUUCCGCAACCUUGCGCUUGCGCUGCCAGACACGACGAGUAUCAAAGCCGUGACCAUCGGCUACGCUUCACAGGCAUGUUGCAGCCCGCGUAACACCGCCCACUCGUACUUCAGCAACACGCGGGACGAGUUCCGCAUCUACUUUUCCGAGUCGGCGGACGCGGCCAAGGCGCCCGACAGCGACGUCGACACGAAUAAGGUGGCGUAUCGCGCGCGGUAUGGGACUAAUGUCAAGGAUUGGCUCAAGGACGUCGCGGAGAGGACGACGUGCGACAAGCCGGGGUUUGCGGGGGAUUCGGAUGAUAGUGGGAGUGAGUUUCACGAUGACGAUGACGAUGAGAAUGACGACGAGGAUGAGGAUAAUGAUGGAGAUGGAGAUGGUGAUGGUGACGGUGAUGAUUGAGUGGCAAAGUGUUCAGGAUGGCUGGAAUGGCGUUUGGUUUCUUUUCUGCCCACGCAUGCAUGGAUCAUUGCUACCUAUGGGCUACAGGACGGGACAAGACAGGACAGGGCAGGACGGGACAAGGGCGGGACCAAGCCCUGAGUUACGGACACAUUGGGCAUAUGGCUGGCUCUGUGGGUAGCUAGUUCUUUCUUUCAAGGGAUAUAUAGAUACCCACUCAAAAUCGCAAAUCGCAAAUCUAUUCUUUAGAACCGGG